GUCGGGCUGCGGGAGCCCCCGGGCAGCGCAGGGCAGCUGAAUCCCGCCCGCGGCGCAGCCAAGGAGCGGGACGCGAUCUAUUGCUGCAUUCCCAGAAACGCCGCUUCCACCUGCGAGCGAGUUUGAGCAGCCGGCUGUGGAUUUUAUAUUUGCUUCUCCGCAAAACCGAGGUUAGCCGGGAGGCUUUGGCUUUUUGGGAAGGAGCCGUGCCCCGGCCCGCUGCGUGCGAUGGAUUGAGGCGUGCCCGGCUGCGCCCCCAGCCAGGUCCCCGCCCGCAGCCCACAUAGAUGCGAUGGAAAGUCGGGGGCUGUUCUGCACCCUUUGUUACCUGAUAUUCAACGCUCCUCUGCUGUUCAUCGUCACCGCUACCUUUACUGAAGUUCCCAAAGAUGUGACUGUUAGGGAGGGAGAUGAUAUUGAGAUGCCUUGUGCUUUCCGAGCCAGCGGAUCCACCUCUUACUCCUUGGAAAUCCAGUGGUGGUACCUUAAAGAACCAGCCAGAGAACUUGCACACGAAUUAGCCAUCAGUGUCCCCGGCAGCAGGAGCAAGGUAGCAAAUAAGGAUGCAACCAAAAUCAGCGUACAGGACCUAUUUAUGCUACAGACCCACUCCUAUACAUGUCCCUGUUAAUACUGCAUAAGCUUGUACAUUUAUUAGUAAACCACUGACGGACUGCUCCCUCCACUCCUCCUCAGCCAAACAGAAAGGAACCUAUUUAAUAACAAACAAAACCCUGACAAAGAAAUCCCUACCGUUUUAAAGAUGGACAGAAAGAGACUGAAAGAAGCAUGAUAAAAUCUACAUGGGGGAAAAACAUAUUUUUGGGAUGCCACAGAAAAUUAAACCACAUAGAAUAAUGCAUCUAGUUUCCAGACUCUACAGUGUAAAGCCCUGCUCUGUGCAUGGCACUUAUGAUUUCUCUAUUUUAAUGUAAUAUUUUUUCUUUUCUAAACCUUCCCUCUGACUCUUCAUUUUGCACGAACUGUUGAGCAGUUAUCUUUAUGACAAUAUGUAAAGAUGUUGGGUCAAACCCUUCCUAAGAAAGGAAAUAUUUUUAGUAGAUUAUUGUGUUUAGAUUUUUUUGGAUUUCCUUUUUUCUUUUUUAAUUAAAUUAUUUCUUUUGGAGGCAUUUAAAAGGUACAUCUUACCAUUAUUAAUAUUCACUGUCAAUAAUAUUUAUUUUUAAAUGAAGAUUGGAAACAAGGUAAGA